UCCAUCCAGCCAAUCUCGCUAGAAUUGAAGCAAUAUAUUUAUGGAAAUUUUACAAAGAUGAAGGUCUACUUUCUAGUUGCACUUGAUCUUAUGCAUACUUUUGUCCUACUUCCCCAAGCUUCCAUCUCUGAUGCCAGGAGCCAUCCAAGUUUCAGUUCUGGAAUUCAUGGCUCUUCAAUCAUCGUCAUCCCUUGCACAAAUGUCCAUCAAGAUUUCCAUGGGUAAAAGAGAGCAUCAAACUUGGGAUAAGGGGGAGUUCUCUUUUCCAUUAACAACUCUUCGCGACAAUUUGAUAGUUACACUUCAGGAUGCUCAAGGAAAAGAAAUAUCACAUACAGUUAUUGAAACCAGGUUGGUGAUUGAGAAAGGCAUUUGGGAUGACAUAUUUCAGUUUGAAGGAGGUGGGCAUGUGCAUAUGAAGCUGCAGUUUGUCCUCAGUGAAGAAGAUCGCCACCGUAUCCGAGUCAUGAGAGAAUUGGCAUUGAGAAAGAAACGCAAUGAACUUCUCAAUAGUGAAGUUAGAAGUCCAACACAUGCUACUACCGUUGGUAGUAACAUUGCAUCAUCUUUGCAGCCCAAUCAUGAAGUCUCAGAUUCACAUAAAAGCCUUCUACAAAGUGAAGUGAUUCAAACUGGUCUAAGUUCAAACAAAGAAGGAAACUCAUUCUGUUCAGAAGCAAACAAAACCAAUAGAUUCAAAGACACUUCAUCCACCACUCCUAUGUCGCCUAGGUUUGAUAUACAUCAACGGGAAGUAAGCCAUAGGAUUUUGGUUGAGAAAGGUUCUACCAAUGCUCCUACCACAACCAUUCAUUCAGAAGAAGCUUCAUGUUUGGAAAGCUCAGGAUCAGUAGUUGCUGCAAAGAAUCAAGCCCCUGCAGAACUUAAGUUAGAUGGAGCUAAUGACCCAGAGAAGCAGAGCCCAGUGGUGAAAACUCAUAGCAAGAUAAGAAAUAUGAUUAGUGCCUUUGAAAAUAGUCUAAAUCAGGAUAUGAGACCUAACAUAAGACCAGCACCAAUAGGAUCCCAGUCAAGUAAGAGGAGAUUGGAUGUUUCUUCUAAAAGUAAACACUACACAGGAGACAUGCAACAAGCCCCAACAUAUAUCAGAAAAAGAGAAGAUCAAAUUGGUUUUGUUAGAGCUCUUGCUGGGUCUACAUCAUCUCGUGAGGCAGGUCAAUCGGAGGAGUUAAGAGCUGGACAUAUUCAUACUACAGGAACAACAGUAGAUUUGAAGGAUAAAGUUGAAGUUAUGCAUAAAGUUGACACACACAAAGUGAAAAAAACUUCUGAAAAAUUAGAAAGAGCAUCAACAAGUGAAAGAGCUUCUAUCCUGAGGAGAAUGCUUAUUGAAAAAGGUACACGAACAUUGAGUAACUUGUUUGCUGCGAGAAGACAUUCUGGUGACAAUUCCCUCAAACAAAAUAAUGGAAGAGAAAUUCAGCCAAAAGGUAUACAAGAUGUAAACAUUCAAGGUAAUUCAGACGAUGAACCUCAUUCCUCAGAAUGCUAUGGUUCCUGGAUAUUUCCUGAUGGAGGAAAACGCUUGUGCAUCACAACUGGUGGAAAACAAAUAAUGGAUCUAAUGGAAAGUUGCCAUGCCGAAGCAAGUAGCGAACUGGGAAAGAUGAGCUAUCCCACAGCAGAAAAUGAGAAAGAGGUAUUUUUCAUUUUUCUAUAUGGUUUUUACAGUCUCCUAAUCAUUGUUUUGCAAGUCAGUUUAGACUAG